AUGGAGAACCUUGGUAUCCUAAUUGCACUGUUUUUCCUCUUCUCCUCCUCCACUUCCCUUCACCCAUCUUCUCAUACUAAUAAUCUCCAAAACCAUUGCCUCCAUGACCAGAGGUCUGCUCUCCUACAAUUGCAGCAUCAUCUCUACUAUGCCCCAAACUUCACUUUCUCUUCCAAACUUGACCUCUGGGAUCCCAACACCCAUUGUUGCUCUUGGAAAGGAGUUACAUGUGAUGCUCUUGGUCAUGUCAUUGGGAUUGAUCUCAGUUACCAAAACCUUUCAGGCAGCUUUCACUCCAUUUUCAAUCUCCAUCAUCUCCAACGCCUUAAUCUUGCUGGAAACAAUUUUAAUACCACUUUGUUUCAGUAUGGGUUUGGAAAACUCCCAAAUUUAACUCAUCUCAACCUCUCGGCCUCAUGUUUUCAUAUCCAAAUUCCGGUGGGGAUUUCAUACUUAACAAGGUUAGUCUCUCUUAACCUAUCUUAUCAAGAUGAUUGCUAUCGGAGAAAUGAUCAAAGUUUUGCUUCAUUUGACCCUACUUUGAAACUAGAGAAACCAAACUUCAAGACAUUCAUAAAGAACAUGAGGUCUCUCAGAGAGUUGUAUUUGGAUGGAGUGAAUAUUUCAAGUCAAAGUAGUAAAUGGUGUGAAACCACAUCGUUGUCACUUCCCAAGCUGACUGUUUUAAGCAUGUCAGGCUGUGGUUUGACCGGUCCAUUUUGUUCAUCACUCUUAAACCUUCGUUAUCUUUCUAAACUUAACCUUGAUUCUAACCCAAUCUCUUAUUUGCCUCCCAAGUUCUCGAAAAUUUCCUCUCCAUUGGUUUCUCUUGGUUUAGUAGAUUGCAAUUUGAGUGGGCAUUUUCCAGCAGAAUUUUUCUCAUUGCCCAAAAUGCAAAGAAUUGAUAUUUCAGACAACUCUCGUCUCAUGGGCCAAUUGCCAGAAUUUCCAAUUAACAACACUUUAGAGGUGUUGUCAUUGCAAUAUACUAAUUUUUCUGAAUCCAUUCCAGCAUCAAUUGCAAAUCUCAGUAACCUUGUGGAAUUGGAUCUAAGUGAUAACAAUUUCAAUGGUUCAAUCCCUCCAUUUCAUAGAUCUGGAGUUCCAAAUCUUGCAUCUCUUGAUUUGUCAUGGAACCACCUUUCUGGAUCAAUACCUUCUUCCUUAUUUACUCUUUCAACAUUGCAAACCCUCUCUCUUGGAUACAACAGCUUUAGUGAUUGCCAAUUAAAGCUUGACAUGUUUCUCCAACUCAGCAACUUAACGCGUCUCGACCUAUCCAACAUCAGCUUGUUAAUUGGAAGCCACAACAAAAGCCGUACUUUACCCCAAUUAGAGUCUCUAUACCUAAGGUCAUGCAACCUUACUGAAUUUCCUGAAUUCAUCAAAAGCCAAAACAAGUUGACUGACCUAGAUCUUUCUAACAACCGAAUCCACGGUCUUGUUCUAAAUUGGUUGUGGAAGAGCACACUUGAAAUAUUAGACCUUUCUUCCAAUGCGAUUGACAUUCCGAAUCAGUUUCCUUUUGAUGAUGCAAAUUCCUCCUUUCCAAUGCUGAUUUCGUUGCGUUUGAGAUCCUGUAAUAUAAGUACGUUUCCAGCAUUUCUAAAGAGUCAAGAGAGCUUAGAAGAACUUGACCUUUCAAAUAACCAAAUAAGCGGGGCCGUACCAAAUUGGGUGUGGAAGAAAAGUUUGCAAUAUUUGGAUCUUUCCAACAAUUCUCUAACAUCUUUGGACCAAUUUUCAUCCAAUCAAGACUCUUUACAAAUACCUAUUUGUAAUUUGAGUCAACUUCAGACUUUUGAUGCUUCCUUCAACAAAUUGAGUGGCUCAAUCCCAAGUUGCUUAGGCAAUAUCAGUAGUCUUGAGUAUUUAGAUCUACAGCAAAAUAAUUUCAGUGGUAGCAUACCAGAUUUUGGAGGAGCAACCCAACUGUCCACUCUUCAACUCAAUGACAAUAAAUUGGAAGGGAAGUUGCCGAGGUCAUUAGCCAAUUGCACAAUGCUCUAUGUUUUAAACCUCGAAAACAAUACUCUGCACGACACAUUCCCUUUGUGGUUGGGAAAAUUGCCUGGCCUGACGGUUCUUAUACUGCAAGCAAAUAGGUUUUAUGGUCCAAUUAAACAUUUGGAAAAUAAUUUUCCAGUAUUGGAUGUAUUAGACAUUGCUUCUAAUAACUUUUCUGGUCAUUUAUCAAUUAAAUUCUUUCAUGCCACUCAUCAGCUAAGGUCACUCAAAAUCGGUGGGAACAAAUUAGAAGGGAAGUUGCCAAGGUCAUUAGCCAAUUGCCAAAAGCUUGAAGUUUUGGAUGUUAGGAAAAAUAUGAUUCAUGACACUUUUCCUAACUGGUUAGUGAAAUUGCCUUCUUUGAUGGUUCUUAUACUAAGAUCCAACAAAUUUUAUGGUUCAAUUCAUUUUUCCGGAGAUGGAAAUGUUUUCCCAAUGUUACAUAUACUGGAUCUUGCUUCCAAUAACUUUUCGGGUGAGGUAUCUGUUGAAUUUUUUCAAUCUUUGAGGGCAAUGAUGGUGAUUGACGGCAACAAAUCUAAGCCAAGUUAUGUUGGAGAUAAUUCUUAUUAUCAAGAUUCAGUGACAAUUGUGAAUAAAGGGUUUGAAAUUAAUUACCAGAAAAUCUUAACCCUGCUUACUUGUCUUGACCUCUCCAAUAAUAACUUCCAUGGGAGAAUAUUAGAAGAAAUACAAGACCUCAAGUCACUCCAUGUGCUAAACUUGUCCUACAACAGCUUCUUUGACUCCAUUCCUUCAGCAUUAGGAAGCUUAACAGAGCUUGAGUCAUUGGAUCUCUCCUGCAACAAACUCUUCGGGAAGAUUCCUCCACAGCUUACAAGCCUUACUUUUCUUGCAGCGCUGAAUCUCUCUUACAACCAACUUGAGGGAAGCAUACCACAAAGCAACCAAUUUGGCACAUUUUUAAAUGAUUCCUACAUAGGAAACCCAAGAUUGUGUGGGGUUCCUUUGACAAAGAAAUGCAAUGAAGUUGGUUCGCAAAUGCUGCCACCAAAGGAGGGUGAAGAUUCGUGGAUAGAUGGUUUAUCUGUUUGGAAAGUCGUGUUGAUGGGGUAUGGAUGUGGAUUGGUGAUUGGAUUUUCUAUUGGAUAUACAGUGCUGAAUGAGUUUGGAAACAAAUGGAUUGCUAAUUUUAUUCGGAAAUGGAAAAGAUCUAGGGAUAAGGAAGCUAAUUUCAUCAGUACAGUAUGGUGUAGUCGUAGACAACGGAAGUCCUUGUUCAUAAAGGAAGCUAUAAUGUCUAUGUCUUUGUCAUCGAGAGCUAGGUACAAUUUUCCCAACUUUAUUUCUGCUUUACCUUACAACACUUUACUUGAUGGAUCUGGUUUCAAUAACUUGCAUGGAUGCCAUCAUUCUUUUCCUGAUGGUUCGAUGAGAGCUACUGAUGUCACGAUUGCUGGCAAGGAUGCUGUUCUUUGUGGUUAUGGUGAUGUUCGCAAGGGUUGCGCUGAUGCGUUGCAGCAAGCUCAUGCUCGCAUCAUCGUCAAUGAGAUCAGUUCUAUUUGUGCCCUUACAGCUCUAAUGGAAGGAGUCUUGAAGAUGAAGGACAUGAUCACGGUUAUUCACAUAAGGAAGAUGAAGGACAAUGCCAUUUUUUGCAACAUCAAUCACUUUUAUAAGGAAAUCGCUAUGCAUGGUCUCGAGACUAAUCCUGGUGUCAAGUGUAUUACCGUCAAGUGUAUCUUCCCUGAAACAAACACCGACAUCACUGUGUUGGCAGAGGGACAUCUGAUGAACUUUAGCUUUGUUAUGUCGUGGUGGUUAAGGAACCAGGUGAUGGCCCAACUCAAGCUGUGAAAGGAGUGAGUAGCAUAAGAAGAGAGUGAUGAAGAUAUGAGUCCAAACAUAAGAAUGAUAUUGUUUGUAUGUUAAUAUUCUUUUUCAGUCCAUUUAAGACUGCAUUUUUUGUUCUUUCUAAAAGGAGUUGAUGAAAUGAGUCCAUUUAAAGGAAA